ACUCCACUCCACAUGUCCAGAAGGGCUUCUGGUGUUUGCAAACAAUCCAAUUAUAUUUUUUUCCCGACCUCAGUUCUGGACCAUACGGAGAGGAAUAGUGUCGUUGAUAAGACUUGUGAAUGAAAAAAGAGUUUGCAUUUAAAUUGCACUACAAAGAAAUGGUUUCUGGAAUUCCAUGUCUUUUUUUUCUGGAUGUUUUCCUGGACGUGUCAGCAGAUCGUCUUCUCUAGGCGCAGUUUAAGUUGGGAUCGCUUGCGGGAAGGAUGGUUCGAGUGGUACAAUUAACGGUUUUGCUAGCCAGUUUAGUGUUGAGUGAUAUUUGGAGUGUUUGUGCUCAACUAUCGGAACGGAAAAUAAAAGAGAGGAUUCUGUACAAAUACAAUGUAACGGAUCCACCUCAAUCGGCUCAGAAUGGACCUAUUAAACUGAGCAUGGAAAUUCAAGUUAAGGAUUUUUCACUGCAAAAUACAUACUUUGGCAGUUCCGAUGCCGUCAAAUUAACAUUGACGGCUUCCGUUCCAAUGACAUGGAUCGAUGAACGACUCAAGUGGAACUCCUCUGACUUUCCACAAAGUGAAACAGUUUUCGUCAAAGAGAGCGAAGUUUGGAGUCCAAACUUUGGGCUUGACAUUACAUUUGACGAAAAUGGAAUCCACUGCGGUACGGGAAAGUGUUUCGUUCACAUCUCGGGCAAAGUUACGUGCGUUUCACGGUGCACAUUUCCGGCGAUGUGCAGCUACGACGUUCGUCAGUGGCCGUACGGCAUUGUGAGCUGUGCCUUGAAGUUAGGUUCCUGGGAUCGGAUUGACGGAAAUACCGUGAUGGAGAAUUUUGAUACCUACGUGAUUGCGGAACGGGGUCUCCAGAACCCGCACUGGAAGAUGCUGUCGAUAAAUAGUUCUAAAACAAGCAAAACUUCAGCGUUGCAUAACAAGACGUUCACGGUGAUUGUGGUGAAAUUUAUCGUGGAAAGGAUCUCGACGUUGUAUGAUAUUUGCAUCACGAUGCCGGCUUUUGUGAUGGCUAGUGUAAACUUAGUAGUGCUUUGGCUACCGUUGAAAAGUAACAUGCGAUACGUGGUGCUGAUGGUGAUUCUCCAUGCUCACUACAUAUUCCUUCAGCAGUUGUCUUGGCUGGCACCGUCUAGUGGUGAUGACACUCCAUUUGUGUUGAUCUUCUUCCGCAACUCCCUCUUCGUGACGGCCUCCAUGCUGGUAUUCGUCACUAUAAGCAGAAAUCUGGCCGCAAGACAGUAUCCGGUGCCACGAUGGCUCGACAUCGCCAUGAACCUGAUCGAUUCCCAACCUCUGGUUGCGAUGCUCUUUCCCACCACUGCAGACGCAUCUAUGAAGUCACAUGAUAUCUCGGAAGACGGCACCAGCUUGGUGAACGAAGUCGGGCCAGAUCCACUGGCGGUGACGUACAAUUACCACUGGAGAAGGGUUUGCUUGAUUCUGGAACGGAUCUGUUUUGUCACUUUGACUGUGGCGUACGCCAUUAUGUUGCUUGUGCUGCUACCUUCCGGCAAUAAUCACCCCGAUAAGCUCGUACCGCCUGUUACAAAGUUUAAGGAAUAAUCUAUAUCGAUUCAAAAAUAAAGCAUUCAACCCAAAUUACA